CCCAACUACCUCACCUUCUCUUCGUCCGAGUCGACUGGGAUAUCUCGCCUAUAUCUAUACCCUUCCAAAGUUUCCCUAGGAUAUCUUUACUUCGUCUAUUCCUAUCAUUAUGCGGCUGGCUGCUCCAAUUUUCACUCGCACUGCCAAUGGCCCCGAUUCGGGCUUGUUCAGAGUCAACUCGGCAGUCUUCGAGAACGUCCCCAUUCCAAGACAUUCCCCCAGCCCCAACCUUAGAGCUCCGCCGUUAAGACCCUUCUUGAUAAGACUUCCUUCUGAAAAGACGAAUGACGAAUAUGACUGUUCUGCGGCAUCCACACCUUCUUUUGGACCACAACCUUCUAUCGAGCUUGUUAAGCCUACUGAUGGACCCUGGAUUAACGCUUCGACGUUCGCCACCCCAGCCUCACCGCAGGAAACCGAAGGACGAUGUUAUCCGCGGAUAUUUUUUAUUCUCGGGUUCUUCUUCCCAUUGCUCUGGGCUGUAGGAGGUGCCUUUCUCUGGCGGAAGAUUGACACAUCACACCAACCUGAAGCUGGAAUGAAUACACCCCAACAAUCCACAGAAAUAAUCUCUCGUUUGCGCGACCGUGAUGAUACGUGGGCAUGGAGAUGCAUAGCCAUCCUCGCCACCGAAAUACUCCUCGUCUGCUUCACACUUCUCGUUCUUUAUCGCAAAAAUAUCUUAUAGGAUUUCUUCGUCAGGACGGAUACCAAAGGGGAUUUAUCUAACGCUGGGUUUUUGUUGUUGUAUUCACCAUAUACCAGAACUUUUUUGAGGUUCUUGCAGCCAGUUUUGUUUCUUGUAUCACGGACAUUGCAUGUUAAUUGUGAUACAUGUAGCCUUGAGUCUAACUUUGCUUUUGAUUUGUAGUUAACAUCACGAACGUCCGUUUGUGAUGAUCCAGGAGUAGCAAUAAUAUUUGACCCAUCGAUUGUUAGCCAUCACUGUUUCCAGCUGGCAGAUACGGCUGCAAGCACAAGCACAAGACAAGACGCAACAGUGGUGUUUCUUGACGAGGAACUCCGAUGCCCAGGUGGGUUGCCCGUAACGUGAAUGCUACGCUUAUGGUUGCACACCUGCAUCAAGACGUAGUGAUCGGCGCUGUGAUGACCAACUUCCCCUCCCCAACGAUCCACUGAGCUUUGGCUUCAUCUACAUUAAGACCAACUUUUGUGUU